UCGUAGCCGGCCGCAGUCCUCGUCGCCGCGCCUUCGUAUGAGCCGUGUGUCGCUGUCGGCAUCCCCCCGCGCCCCGCGACGAGCCGUCUCGCCCGCAUUCUAGUUGUGGGUGUCGCGCUGUGCAGUCCUCGCGAGUGCCGCUGAACUCUGUGCGCCGUUUGUGAGUGCUUUAAUUCCCGCUCGAGUGUCAGUGUGAAGGAAGAACCAGUAGCCCGCCGCAGAGGAUGUUAACAGCUCACGCAGAUUGCAGCAGCUGUUGACAUCUGCAGUAUCAACCAGCCACCAGGCCGAUUUAUUCUUGCCCCAGCUCCUUAAACCCCCUCCAAGAUUGCUGCCACUAUGGGUCGGAAAAAAAUACAAAUAUCCCGGAUCACGGAUGAACGGAAUCGACAGGUGACAUUCAACAAACGCAAAUUUGGUGUGAUGAAAAAGGCUUACGAACUCAGCGUACUCUGUGACUGUGAGAUUGCUCUGAUUAUAUUCAGUUCCAACAACAAACUCUACCAGUAUGCUAGCACCGACAUGGAUAAGGUCUUAUUAAAGUAUACGGAAUACAACGAGCCCCACGAGUCGCUGACCAACCGCAACAUCAUCGAGGCCCUAACGAAGAAGGAGCAUAAGAACGGAGUGAUGUCACCAGACAGUCCAGAAGCCGAACCGGAAUAUAACUUAACACCGCGUACUGAAGCCAAAUAUUCAAAAAUUGAUGAAGAAUUUCAAAUGAUGAUGCAAAGAAACCAGUUGAAUGGAAGUCGAGUUGGAGUUGGUGUCGCCGGAAGUAAUUACAACUUACCUGUGAGCGUCCCAGUCGGAAGUUAUGAUCAAUCAUUGUUACAAGCUAGUCCUCAAAUGCAUACCUCUAUCAGUCCACGGCCUUCUUCCUCGGAAACCGAUUCAGUUUACCCCAGCGGCGGAAUGCUCGAAAUGUCUAACGGAUACCCAGGAUCAGGAUCGCCUCUCGGCGCUGGCUGCACACCUUCGCCAUCUCCAGGACCAGCGCCUUCGCCACACCGACAUCCGCAUAAACCGCACGCACACGCACCGCCGCCACACCACUCACCGAGGCAUAACAACUUGCGCGUUGUCAUACCCAGCUCGAUGCCACCACCGCAGGACGAUAUUUCUUAUACUGGAGAGGCACCACUAGGUUACUCAGGACUCGGCAACUUCGGACCACAGGACUUCAGCAUGAGCUCGGACAUGGGAAUCGGACUAUCAUGGGGCGCGCAUCAACUGCAAACUUUACAACAACACAGCAGGUACAUUAGCAGCUUGCCAGUGCUGGGAGGCGGCGGGACCCCGCCACCAGCAGCAUCGCCAAGCAACGUGAAAAUCAAAGCGGAGCCGGUCUCCCCGCCGCGCGAUCCAGGGCACAUGCACCGCGCCCCGCCCCCCGCGCCCGCGCCGCAGCCCGCACACCUAUCUGGAGUCAUUGAUGGUUCAGUAACAUCUAGUAACAUGGGCUCCCCAGCUGGACAGGACAUGAGACACACUAACGCCGUCCCACUAGACUACGAGCAGCCCCACACGAAGCGGCCGCGGAUCGAGGGUUGGGCCACAUAGCUAGGCUAUGAGGCCUUCGGAUCCUACCCGAGGCCCCUCCAUCCGCACUGCUAAACCCGACCCUGGCGGAGCGGCUCCAAGGUCCAAAAAUCAUACGACUCGCAGCUGCAAAAUCCUAUCGAGCUUCGGUAGACCGUCCUGCGUUGGAAAUCAACCAUGUUCUUUCCUCGAUGGUGCUGCAUUGACAUACUGUGACAGUGCUAGAAUCUUCGAUAAAAAGUCUGAAAAGGAAAGGUGCAUUAAGGUGCUUUAAAUUUUGAUGGCACGGUCAACUUUUUGCGCUUAUGCGUAGAUCAUCUCGACUCGAGAAUGAACUGUCCUUUACUUAAAGGAUAUAAAAAUUAGGAUAAAAAUAUUAAAAUCCUUGUGAUGAUUUCUAAAGAAAUCAAAAUGUUAAAACAAAAUUGAAUGUUCAAGUUUACACUACCCUUCUAUUAUACGUAAUAAAUACUAUUAUAAUUGCACAUGCAAGUACACUAAACGUUAAGGAUAAAUGUUUAAUAUAAGUACAAGAUUACUGAAUAGAUGCAACCCUGAUCAAUUUUGAACUAUAAGUACGUAUAGAUAGAUUUCUAAUUUCCCCUGUACAUAGAUGACAUUACAUGUGCAAUCCGUGCCAUUGUCUGUUUAGCUUAAAAGUUAGUCAAUUUAACAAUUAGUGACUAUAACAGUAGAAAUGCACUAAGGUCCCUGGAGUUCAGUGAACAUACGAAGUAGCCGGACGGUGUUGUGUAGUGCGAAGAACAAACUAUAAAAGUGUGUCAAGUGCGUUUAUGACUUAAAAACGACUGUUGACUUUUGUGUUAGUGUUUUAAAGUUCUUUUGUGCCAUUUUAAAAAUAUUAUAAUAGUGUGACAUCCGAACUUGAAUCUUUGUAAAUUUAGUAAGCGUAGUAUCAUCACAGAAGAUAAUAAAGUUAUGUAUUAUAAAUCUACAUUAUCUAUUGACAUAUUUAUACAUGAGAAUCAUAUAUGAUAUUUACAUAAUAUGUAUACACGUCCCGUUAGGAACGAAUGUUAUGUAAGUAAGUAGAUAAUGUUAGCUAGAGUUGAGUAUAUAAAAAGUACCACACGAAGCUUUAAAAUUUCUUAUGAUAACACUCGCACUCUAAGCAGACUUGUAAGUAAUGGAUCACAGUUAAUGUAUCGUAAUAAAUCUAGAGCUCCUCGCAACAAUUUCCUUUGACCGACGCUGUCUCUGGAAUGUAUAGGAUGAAAGUAUAUAUUCGUUUCUACGUUAAAGUAGCAAUGCUGUUGUUUAAUGUCGUAAAUUGUUUUAAUUUAUAGACUUUAUAGUUGCAGUUCCUCGUAAUGCUUUGAAAUCCAUUAGGAGUGCUUUUUCAAAGAAAAAGUUACGAUCGAUUUAGUGCCCUGUGAUUUUACACCACCACCAAGGUACAUUUUGUAUUGGUCCUCUGAUUCUCUCCAGAAUUUUUAGACUCAAUAAAUUGUGUUUGUUGUAGAUGUUGCGAUUAUAUGUCUGGUGGCUAUAAUGGGUUAUUAAGGGAUAUCAAAUUUGUUGAUAAAUUAUUACAUUUUAUUUUGUUAGUGUGAUCUGAAGACGUUGCAUUUUCUAAUCGGUUCUUAAAUACAUUCAUUGUAACGGUGUACAAAUACAUCACCUACAAAUGAGCAAACUCAGCUUUAAGUGCACACACUAUAAAUAUAUUUAAUCAUACCUAUUUUGGUAUAGCACUAUAUCACGAUCCGCCCUAUUUUUAGAUGAUGUUAUCUGGUAAAAGUGGUAACCUGUACCGCUGAAUCAUUCAUGUCCAAUAGUCUAAUGUUAGUAUAUAAUAAUGUAAUCAUAAUUUAUAUGUGUCAUGGAUAUUGUAAUCAUUCAGAAUUCCCCUCGACGUUACAUAGUAACACUAACUUCCUUUAGUUCCACUUUGUCCCCUUAUAUCUUCUCACUGUAGAUGCCUUACUCACAGUGCCUAAAUGUACCAUUUUGUACCAAAUUUGUAUAAUACGAUAGCAUUUUUGCUUUAAUAUUUUUUCACAUCCUAAUAAGUUUAAGUCUUUAAGAGAUGUUAAAUUGUUAUGACCGUAAGAUUUGGCGUUAAACAAAUUACUGUAUUGAAUAAAGAACUAUUCUCGCCUAAAGAGUACAUUACGGUCAUAGCGAUCAAUUUAUCGCUAUACCACGUUUUGGAGCAGUCAAACUGUUUAUAAAAUACUUGUAACUGUAAACUUGUGAUUUGUAACUAUUUAAUAUAUCAUUAAGUGACAUUUGCAAAAAAAAAAUUAUUAUAAAAUUCAUUAGGUUAAAUCCUUCAAAUCACAGUAACAAAAUGUUAAUGUAUGAUUGUUAAAUUUGUACAGGGAAUUACCAGUUUUGAAGUUCAAAAGUCUGAACGCAAAUAUAAAAUGUAUUUUCGCAUUGUAUAAUAAGUACACGAUUAGUUUUAAAACGAAUUAAUAUUUUAAUACCGAAGCAUAAUAAAUGUUGGCCCGUUUAGGGAACUAUAUAAAUUCAUGUAAGUACACCUUAAAUGUUAGAGUGAAUUGUUAAUGUGAUAUAAUUACAUACACUGUUAAGAUCCUUGUAUUUGAGAUUCUACGGUUGCGUUAUUCGAAAUGAUUUCUCGGUCGUUCGUUCCUAAUAGUUCAUUUACCAGACGUUUGUGUGCUUUCUAUUAGAAUUUGCUCAAUCGUGUUUGUUUGGCGAUAAGCAACAUUAUCAUAACGUCUAGCUUGUUGUCUGAUCUUCUUUUAAGAUUGUGUACAUCUGUUAAUUGUGAAUGUUUCACAGUCUCAAAUUCCCUGUCUGGUGUAUAGUUAAUUGGAUUGGUAGUACAAGUGUCCGAUUGUUAAUAUUGUACAGGUUAUUUGAGUCAUGUUACUGUUACCGAUAUACCUAUCAUAUCUGGCGCACCUAAUAAAUAUCCAUUAUUCCAGAGUAAUAAUAGAAAUGAUUUGCACAAAACCAAAAUGUUUAUGGGAAAUGGAUGGAGUUUGUAUAAUGUAAAAUAAUUGUCUAGUACUUCAAAAUACACGAGUAAGUGUUUACAUGUUUACUCCGUUGUGUACGCCAUUAGCGUUUGAAGUACUUCAAGUAUUUUGUUGAGUGCACAUGUUAUUCUAUCGACUUAACUUGUAUAAAAUAUUUCAUCAGUAAGCUGGUAUUGGGAGCAUAAUUUCCGAGGUUGUGAAUUUUACUAUCGGGAAUGAGUUCACGUUUAAAUAAUUAUUAAUAUUUAAUGUAACGAUUUCAUUUCGGCGCACAACUAUGUUGUGUGUUCUUGUAAAAAUAGUUUGCUUGAUUUGUUUUGUAGAUGUACCUACUUUUGUGUAUGUUUUAUCUGUAUGUAUAACGCUGUGUGCCAAUAGCAAACUGUUACUCUUUAUCAUUUUAACUUAUUACCUUUAGAAUGAGUAAUUCAUUGCAUUUAAUGAAAAAUAUGUAGUUUUAAGUAUAAAAUAUUGGAAAUCAGUAACUGAUUUCAUCACAGUAGUUAUUAUGUGCUCUGUGUUCCCCAUCUCUUUGCUAUUGUUUCACAGCCCAAUGUGAACAACCCAAAUAGUAUAUAGGUAUAUAAAUACAUAUCCUUAUUGAAUACUCAAGUCGAUUUCACUAUUAUUUCUGUCGUAACAUCAGUUGUGCAAUACAUAUAUAACAAAAUGCUUAGGUAGGUAUUAGGUAUAUUUUCGUUUGAAUUUACAAAGAAUGCAAAAUCUGUUGUAUUUUAUUGAUAUUUUUACUGAUAACGUGAGAGGUGCCAACGAUAUUUUGUAGGUGCCUCUUGGGAAUUUAAGUCAUAAUGUAUAAUUAUUUUUAAGCUAAGGCCGGGCCAAAUAUUGCAUUAAUUUAGGUCUCGCGGCGCCUGUUUCUGUGUCGAGGCAGCCAAUUCUGCCCUGUGUAUAAAUUGUAUGAAGAAUGAAAACAUCUCAGUGGCUGAAUGAAUAUUAAUGUUUAUCGACAGUGUUAGAAAAAUUGUUAUAAAUUAUUUUGAUGACUGUUCGAAGGAUAAUAAAGAGUUGGAUGUCA